UAUAAUUUUCUCUCAUAAUUUUUUCCAGAACAAGACUUCUCUUUUACUGCAAUUUUUCACCUUUCCGUCGCCUUGUUUUUAGUGCCGUCUUCGCCGUAAGGUUGAUUUAUGUUACCGUUUUCAAUGGCCUGCUGAUUUUUCUCUAAGAAGUGAAAAAGGACAACCAUAAGGGGACUGAACUCUGGGCUUUUUUGCUUACUUGGGACUGUCAACAAGAAGAAGGUGAAGCGCAAGAGCUCUCAAAGUAGUACUAUGGAUUUAAAGGGCAGGGACCACGACCUUAUAAUAUAUUCAGCACUCACCACCUUGUGGGGAAAAGCCUCUCCUCGCCCAAAAGUUAAAAAAUUUUGUCAUCAGGGCUAUGUCACGGAACAACAUUUGACGAAUUUCUUGUGUUUUUGCACUCGUCUCGGUAAGUUCCCUUUUUUUUUUUUAAUUCAUUGUUUCCAUUUGCUCUUAUAUUUCGGGAGUGGUUGUAAAAUUUUGAGGAGUUAGAUUGUUAAUUUUUUUUAGAUUUUCUUGGUAGAUUCUCAGUAUUCCGAUUUGAUAUACACUUAGUAAAUUUCCUGUCCGGGACUGAGUAUACUUUAUUGGAUAAGUUGGGAUUUUUGGAGGAAAGAUAUGAUUUUUAGUGGAAAAAAAGAUUGAGAUAAAGAGAGAGAACAGGGUGACUAGAAAAAAUGGUUAAGUAUCAGUACCGAUUACACUACUCCAAAUUUAACUUUUGGCAGGGUUGUGAAUAUCUGAAAGUAGAAUAUUUAACAACCUACUAGUUGAUGAACAAAUCCCUUUGAGAACAAGAUAUUGCUGGAAAACAGGAAAUAAGAAACAUUUUUAAGGCUGUGAGCCGCUACGGAGUCCAUUCUUUGACUUGUUUCCUUCAAAAUGGUGACUGUUUUGACCUCUUCUAGUUUCCGAUUUCACAACCCUCAUUUAAAAACUGAACAAGUCUUCUGAAAACUCCCGUGCAUGGCAUUUCCUAUUUGUUUAGGUGAGAAAUCACUCGUUGGUAAUGUAUGCGCACCAUAUCAAGAUAAGAUUGUGGAGGAAAGUGUGUCAUGGAUAUGUGAGGGCUUAAUCUAAAAUGUAAGAAAAAGGUUUAAAAGUUGUUCUCGGGAGCAGACUUGUAGCCUAUAUCAAAUGUGUUCCAGAGAUUGCCCCGAUGAAUAAGAUAUCUCCAUUCUGUGGAAAUUCUGUGUUUUUUAUACUUCUUUGAUUAUUUACUUUGAAAUAAUCAGCUGUCUUCAUCCCUUCCCUUCUUCUUCCCAACCACCCCCGGCCGCCAACAAUGACACACAGUCACGCAUUUAUACACACACACACGCACACAUAUAUAUAGAUAGCGGCAAUCAGAGAUUGUUUCCAUUUGGAGUGUUAUUAUCAUCAUUGUCUGGUGGUUGACAUUAUCAUCUGUUGUUGUGGAAGACCCAGCGGUACUACCGGAUGACUUGGUGUUUGAAAUCUUGAGGCGGAUGACAAGUAGGUGUCUGUUGGAAUGCAAGCUAGUGUGCAAGUCUUGGCAAGUAAUGAUUGAAAGCCCUCAAUUUAUGGAGUCUCGGAGUUUGCCGGGCCUGAUUGUUUACUAUGAAGAACCAGACCCGGCUUACCCUGAACCUUGGUUCUCGAAGCGGGAACUGAAUCUAUUUCACUGCAGUCUUAGGGCUGAAGGAGGUCCAGCACAAGAAUUUGAAAUUCUCGGCAAAGUGGCCCCGUCUGUGUGGUUCAAGAGAAGUCAUCGGAUGACACAAAUAAUAGAUGGCCUUGUUUGUGUUUACGCCCUUAAAGUUUUGAAAAUUUGGAACGUUCAUACUGGGGAGAGUAUGAGUCUUCCGGAACCCUCUCUGCCCUUCGAUAGUGAUAAUCAACGGUGUCUUUUCCGGAGAAGGUUUUAUUUAGGAUAUGACCCUUCAGCUGGAGUGUAUAAAUUGCUAAAAUUGGCCAUUCCUCGUUACAGCUGUCCACACGGUGUUUCAGCUGAGAUUCUGACCCUUGGAAACUCAUCAUCUUCUUGGAGAGAAUUGCAGCGUGGUGAUGUUGCUGGUACUGAUUGGCCUCCUGCAAUGGUUAACCUUGAACCUUAUUUUAAAGCUACGAAUAGUAAUUCAUCUGAUGGGUUCAUCUAUUGGGUUGGGGUUACAGAUCAUGGGUCGCCAAGGAAAACUUAUCGUUGGAUUACUCUUCCGGAUGAUCUGAUGAUCAGAGACGAUGAGACGUCAAAGUUAAAGUUUCGGGAUUUGAAAAUCACGCAAUCCAUGGGAUGCCUAGUUCUGUGGUUUCCUCCUGGUACGGCCGAAGAUGAUUGUUUUGUAUUGUUCAUAUCGGAGGAUAAGGGUAUCAGCUGGUCUAAGCAUGCAGUUCGCUUACCCCGAGGACUUAGAGAUGAACCUUUUCAGAAGUUUGUCAAAGUAGUUGGGAAUCUCCCAACUGGUGAGCUUCUGUUGCUUAACCCCAAGGCGGAAACUUCUGCUGUUCCAGUUUAUUCAUAUGAUCAUAUUGGAAAGAAGUUUGGUAAGUUUGUUGUUGGAAAGAUGCCCCAACCGCUUAGGCCCAUCUUAGGCGAGUUUCGCGGCCGUACAGUAAAGAUACCUGUUAUGAUCUCUUGUGGACUUGAAAAUUUAAAACCGUUGGAUGUUGCAUUGAGCCGUGGCGGUUGA